AUGUCUACGGCGGAGGAGCUCCUGCGCGACUUCGAGGAAGAUGAAGAUUUCCAAAACGAGGAGGAUGUUGAUCAAGAGCCCGAGGAGGACCAAGGCCUUCAAGAUGGCGCGGAGGUGACCAACGAGUUCGACCGCUCAGUAACGACUACGGACGAAUUGACACGACUACACAAAGUCCUCCGCGAUCACUACUCCGUUCGAUUCCCCGAACUCGAGACCAUGGUCACAAAUCCAAUCAAGUACGCGAAAACCGUUGCGAUUCUCAAAAACGGACCUUUCGAUGAUAUCAAGGCCCUCUCCUCGUCUGCGGAUAACAUGGUUGGGGAACCGCUCAAGACUGUUCUGGAUGGGCCGUCUCUUAUGAUUGUUGCGGUCGAGGGCACCACCACUCGUGGCCGGAUGAUGAGCGAGACCGAGCUCAAGCUCGUUCUUGAUACAUGUGAGAGGAUUCUUAAGCUUGAUCGUGAGCGUACAGCCCUCACUCAGAGUAUUGAGUCCCGUGUGAACUCGAUUGCGCCCAAUCUAGCAGCCUUGAUCGGAUCGGAGACCGCAGCUCAGUUCCUUAACCAGACCGGUGGGCUGCUUGAGCUGGCCAAAAUCCCUGCAUGUAAUCUGGGAGCUCAAGGCUCAAAGAGACAGGAGGGAUUAGGAUUUGCUACGAAUCACGGAGUCCGUGCACAGGGCUUCCUGUACGAUUCGCCUCUCAUCCAAGAAGUACCGAACGAUCUCAAGAAGCAGGCUAUCCGCAUUGUGUCUGCUAAGAUGGUUCUUGCCGUUCGCGCAGACGUUUCCAACUACAGCAAGGAUGGCUCUCUCGGCGACGAUUUGCAGGCGCAAUGUCUCCAGCGACUGGAGAAGCUGACGGAGCCCCCGCCGAACUCCGGCGUCAAGGCCCUCCCCGCCCCUGACGACAAGCCAUCCAGGAAACGUGGUGGACGACGUGCACGAAAGGCCAAGGAAGCUGUUGCCAUGACCGAAUUACGCAAGGCACAGAACAGAGUUGCCUUUGGCAAGGAGGAAUCAGAAGUCGGCUACGGCACCGGUGAAGGCACUGUGGGUCUGGGUAUGCUUGGUCAACAGAACGACGGCCGUAUCCGCGCAACACAGAUCGAUCAGCGGACUCGCGCUAAACUCAGCAAAAAUAAUAAGGGCUGGGGCGCAUCCACCCCUGCCGGUGGCACGGCUUCGUCGCUGCGUAGCUUCGGUCAGGGCGGCGUCGGUGGCACUGCUAGUACCCUACACUCCAGGGGACUUCGUUCGUCGGGUGUUGGAACGUCUCUGAAUGCGAACGCUGGUACCGCUAGUACCAUAGCAUUCACCCCAGUCCAGGGUCUCGAGCUCGUUGAUCCCAAGGUGCAGGCUGAACUGAACCGCAAGCGCAAGGCCGAAGAGGACCGCUGGUUUAACUCUGGAACAUUCACUCAGGUCGGCAGUCAGAGCAAAGAGAAAGACGGAUUCAAGGUGCCAGCGAUCCCACCCAAGAAAAAGGUCGACACGGGCGAUGGCAAGAUGGGUCCACCACCCAAGCCAUAA